AUGUCACGAUCUAACCUAAAAAGUGAGUUGAAGCAUGUUUAUGAGGAGAUCAAUGUGCUACUAGAAGAUUUAGAUUCUUUGGCGGCUGCAAUUGAAAGUGAUCCCAACUUUCGACCUUACGAGAAGGCAAGCACUCAAAAUACGAAUAUUGACGAACUAAUUAAAAAGGACGCUGAACUAAGCGGACAGCUUUCAGUACUGACUAGCUUAAAAGUCGUUUCGGCUUUUAUAGAUGAGUUCAAAACGAAUUACGACUUAUGGGAAUUGGAGAAUUGUUAUUAUUCCUUGCAAAACAUGCACAAGAAACUAGAAACAAUUGAUUUGAGUAAUCUAUCACUCCGCUUCCAAGAAUCGCUUUCAACUUACAUUGAUUCACUUCAUGCCGAUCUUGUUGACAGAAUCAAAGACCUGCUUGGGAAGUUUUGGAGCAUUGAUCGGCACAAAAUUCAGUACAUCAAUAACGUAAGAAUGGGCGAAGAUGAAAUUGAGUUUGAAUUUGAGGGCUUCAAAGUCUUCUUGGAAACCUGCUUCUAUUCUGAUGGACAUUUUGAUCCCAAUUCGUGGUUUACAUCCGAAAUACGGAUGGGUGAUACAAGAGACGAAGUGUCAAAUGCCCUAUCCGAAAUUUACACCGAGUACAUUACCUAUUCAAAAAUCAUAACCAUCUUAAAGGAGUCAUUAUUUUCGUCUGAUGUUCAGUUAGUCUUGUGCGAAGAUGUUCUUCUAUUUCAGCAUGCGAAGUGCCAAACAGAACAGGUCAUAGCAAGUUUUGAGAAUCUGGCAUACUUUCUCUUGCAUAUCUCACCGAAAAGUUGUUCUUCCUUGAUUCUCUCACAGUUGGGCAAUACUUUUGUGAAUGAAAUUGUUAAAUUUGUUAAGCUAAGAUCCAACGAGGUGCUCACUCCCGACUCCUCGUCCAAACUAGAGCUCAUAAAGUUAAAUCAAAUGCUAGUAGACUUAUCAGAAAAAGUAAACACAUCCUGGAAGUAUCAUGAAACUCGGUUGACAAGCUUACUUUACGAUGAGCAUAUUCUCAAUAAUCUACUGCUGGAUAAGCUAUUGAGAAACCAGGUUGUUGAACUAAGAAGCGUUUUCAGCGACGAUUCCUGGAAAGACGUAUCUAUUGUGCAAUUGAAAGAACGUUCUAAUUGCGAUCAAACAGUACCUGCAGCCAAAAAAAAGAACAUGAGCGGCACAGAUAAUCCAGGUGAUGAAGAUGACGAAUGGCGGUGGCAUGACGAAGAUGACGAGGAUGCUAAUGGGGAUGGGUGGGAAGAUGAAAUAGACUUUAACAUUGAUACUAAUGACUCUGAAUCUGCUGUAAAUAAAGAAAUUGAAGAGGAAGAUCCUUGGGAGAGUGCCUGGCAGGAUGAAACACUCAAAUUGGACAAAGAUGUUAACAGUAUACACAUUACAAGGGUUCCACACCUGUUUGAAACUAUUUUAGGACAGUUCGAGGCGGGGUGCGAUCAAAUCGGUCGCGAGAAAAUUGCUUCUAGCUACCAAUACAAAUUGAAUGUUUUAUUGACAUCUUUUAUGGCCAUGUGCAUGUCAAAAUACGAAGAAUGGUGGCAGCUUUAUAAGGAUAUUUCUUAUUUAACAAGGAAUUAUUCGAUUAGGUGCGAUUUAUUUCGGCUGAACGAACUAAUGGAGCACUACGUGGGAACACAUGUUAAAAACAUGAAGAAGGUGGCCCAAAACAUGGUACAUCAACAAUUAAAAAACCUACAAGUCAAUGAAAAAAAUCCAGACUGGGGAAUAACAAUCGAGUCUUUGCUACCUUAUAUAAAAAAUGUCGCCUACCCAGCAUUCACGCAACUUGAGGAUGAAAAAAAACUUACUGCAUUCAUAACCUUCCUGUACAAUGACUGCAUUGUCCGCCAAAUUCUGGCUUGGAAGAUGAUAUCCGAGAGAAACUCUGAAAACCUGGCAGAAUUUAUAAAACUUGUGCUAAGUGGCACGGACAGACCGACGUCAAAUCAAAAUAUAGGUUAUCAGCGCGAAAAGCUCAGCAUAAUUGGUAGGGUUUUGACCUCCCAUCUCACAGAAAUAAUGGAUAUGUUUUCUAAUGGAGAUUUUUACCUGUUUACGACAGAAGAAAUCAUUCAGUGGAUUACAAUGCUUUUUGCUGACACGGGACUUAGAAAAGAGUGUAUCGAAGAAAUCCGCACAGUUCGUCUUGAAAGCGCAAUCUGA